UUAGCCAUUGAGCUCCUAAAACCCUGCCAAUGGGUUCUCUCCACAGAGCUUCGAAAUCCCUCAAAUCUCUCCGACACCAACUCUUGCUACACGCAACUCAGCAAUUCGAUUCAUCUUCGCGCCUCUCAGGUGCAAGUGAUUACCGUUUGUUGCUGACAAGAGCGCUAUGCUCCCACCCCCGCCAAAACGCCAAAGAAGCCGUGGAUUUGACCCAGUACCCGCCGGAGAGAAUUCGAAACUUCUCCAUCAUCGCCCACGUCGACCAUGGCAAGUCGACGCUCGCUGACCGUUUGUUGGAGCUCACCGGCACCAUCAAAAGAGGCCAUGGCCAGCCUCAGUAUCUCGAUAAAUUACAGGUAGAGAGAGAAAGGGGGAUCACGGUGAAAGCUCAGACAGCGACGAUGUUCCACAAGUACAAUCUCCAAGGCUCGAGCUUGGAUGGUUCAAAUGAGCCGCAGCCGUUUCUUCUGAAUUUAAUUGACACGCCUGGUCAUGUGGAUUUUAGCUAUGAAGUUUCGAGAUCAUUAGCAGCUUGCCAAGGCGCCCUUUUGGUGGUUGAUGCAGCCCAAGGUGUGCAGGCACAGACAGUGGCUAACUUCUAUCUCGCAUUUGAAUCUAACCUCACAAUUAUCCCUGUAAUUAACAAGAUAGACCAGCCAACAGCUGAUCCUGAUCGAAUUAAAGAUCAACUGAAGUCGAUGUUUGAUCUUGAGCCGUCUGAUUGUCUUCUAACCUCGGCCAAAACAGGGCAGGGGCUUGAACAUGUCUUACCAGCCGUCAUUGAAAGGAUACCUCCUCCACCUGGGGAAGGGAGUGGCCUGUUGCGCAUGCUCUUGUUGGAUUCGUAUUAUGAUGAGUACAAGGGAGUGAUCUGCCAUGUGGCGGUUGUAGAUGGGAUGUUGAGGAAGGGGGAUAAGAUAUCGGCUGUUGCCACGGGUCAAACUUAUGAUGUUCUGGAUGUAGGUUUCAUGCAUCCUGAACUCACUCAAACUGGGGUGCUUCUAACUGGACAAGUGGGGUAUGUUGUGACUGGAAUGAGGUCUACUAAGGAAGCACGUAUUGGAGACACUUUGUUUCACGCCAAAACCAUUGUAAAGCCUCUUCCUGGCUUCAAGGCUGCAAGACACAUGGUGUUCUCUGGUCUCUUUCCGGCUGAUGGAUCUGACUUUGAGGCACUCAACCAUGCAAUAGAGAGGCUGACAUGUAACGAUGCCAGUGUCUCUGUUACUAAAGAGAGUAGCACUGCUCUUGGUCUGGGUUUUAGAUGUGGGUUUUUGGGUUUACUUCACAUGGAUGUUUUUCAUCAGCGACUUGAACAAGAAUAUGGAACUCAUAUUAUUUCCACGGUUCCAACUGUUCCAUAUAUCUUCGAAUAUUCUGAUGGAAGCAAAGUGGAAGUUCAAAACCCUGCUGCUUUGCCCUCAAACUCAAAGCAGCGAGUUACAGCUAGUUGGGAACCUACGGUGUUAGCCACUAUUAUUAUCCCCAGUGAGUAUGUAGGCCCGGUCAUUACCCUGUGCUCAGAAAGAAGAGGGCAGCAGUUGGAGUACUCAUUCAUUGAUAGCCAACGUGCCUUUAUGAAAUACCGCUUGCCUUUGAGAGAAAUAGUUGUCGAUUUCUACAAUGAAUUGAAGAGCAUAACAUCAGGAUAUGCGUCAUUCGACUACGAAGACUCAGAAUACCAACAAGCCGAUUUGGUGAAACUCGAUAUUCUCCUAAAUGGCCAAGCAGUUGAUGCCAUGGCAACAAUUGUGCACAACUUGAAGGCACAACGUAUGGGCCGUGAACUGGUGGAUAAGUUGAAGAAAUUCAUAGAUAGGCAAAUGUUCGAGAUAAUCAUACAAGCAGCAAUUGGGUCAAAGGUUGUUGCUAGAGAGACGAUCUCAGCUAUGAGGAAGAAUGUUCUAGCAAAGUGUUAUGGUGGGGACAUUACUCGGAAGAGGAAGCUACUGGAAAAACAGAAGGAAGGAAAGAAGAGAAUGAAGCGGGUUGGGUCGGUUGAUAUACCUCAAGAGGCUUUCCAUCAACUAUUGAAGGUGUCAUAGGGAAAAGCAAGCAAGAACGAGAUCCUCUCCUGAAAUAUUUCCAGCUGGUAAGUCCAUCAAGGUCGAUAUGUUUUGGGGUUUGCUAGGACAAUCCUCGAAGUGGAUACUAGCAUGCUAAUAGUAUUUCAUACGCGAUCGACAGGAAGGAAAGCAGGCCUGCAAUGCAUUUGUGUGCUGCGAAUGAUUACCGGAGAAUGUUACAGCAGAAGCGAAAUAGCCCCUGAGCUUGUAUGGGAGUUAGUUUGUCUGGUUUUGCGUAAGUGUCACUUGUGACUUGUGAGAGUUGGCUAUGAUCCAGAGCGAGGUGCUGGGGACUUGGGUGAACUUUGAAAACGAAUUGAUGUAGGUGUGAGGGACAUGUAUAAGCGUCAAGAACUUCAAAACUUGGGCACGGUUGGUCAUAAAUAGUGUUGGAAAAAUCAAACACAUACACAGAUGAAAUGUGCAGUUGAUAGCUUGUAUUAUUCAUCUCUACGCCGGGUAAUUUUCUUUAAGAUGAAUGCGAGGAAUUCGUGAUCUAUGAUAUUACGAAGCAAACUUUUUCAAGCAUUGUCGAUCACGAAUUGUUUCCUCUGCU